UACGUUCACACAAUGACUUAUCGUAUACUCCGUACUCCGUAAUUGACAAAUAUAUAUAUAUAUAUAUAAUUGCCAAAAUCAAUUUUUCAUUUUAUCUGCCAUCUGCAACGGAUCUAUGUCGUCAAUCAUACAGACAGAACAGAACAAAUCUAUGGCACAAACAGAGGGAGGAAGAGAGAGAAUGAGACAUCUAACGAGCCUAUUGGAUGUUGAGAAGGAAGAAGAGAUACAGAUAGAGAAAGCUAGAGAGAGAGAGCUUCACCAAGCAGCCAUCAACGGUACAGUGACAUCUCUCCUAGAGCUUCUUCAUGAAUACCCUCUCAUCCUCGACACAAUCACACCACCAUCUUCCGAUUCCGAGUCCGACUCGGUUUUGCACGUCGCAGCUCUUCUGGGUCACCUCGACUUCGCCAGAGAACUACUGAGUCGGAAGCCCGAGUUAGCCGGCGAAUUGAAUUCACACGGCUCAUCGGCUCUUCACGUGGCAUCGGCAAAAGGGUACCCGGAAAUAGUGAAAGAAUUGGUGUUGGUGGAUCCCGAUGUGUGUUUUGUAUUGGAUCAUGAUGGGAUGUCUCCUCUUCAUCUAGCUGCAAUCAAGGGCCGAGUUGCGGUUUUGACCGAGUUGGUCCGAGUUGGACCGGAGGCGAUUCGAGUGUUGACCGGUGGAGGGGACACUUGUUUUCAUUUGUGUGUGAAAUAUAAUCGGUUGGAGGCUUUGAAGGUGUUAUUGGUUGAAUCUGUGAAGAAAGAUGAGUUUGUGAAUUGGAAGGAUCUUGAUGGUAACACCAUAUUGCAUAUUGCAGUGGCAAGGAAACAACUAGAGAUCAUAAAAAUUUUGCUCACCAACACCGAUAUAGAAGUAAACACGCGAAAUGGAAAUGGUUUCACAGCAUUGGAUGUCUUGUCAAAAAGCCCUAGAGAUUUAAGAGACAUGGAAAUCAAGGAGUGUCUUCAUCUCCACGGAGCAACAAGAAUUGAUCAUACACCGACAACUAUUGUCAAUAUAGCAAAAACCCCUUCAACUACACACCCAGAGGUCCCAGACUCGAACAAUAGCAUUACGAAAAAUCAGCAGCCACAGAAGCAAAAGCAUAUUGAUUGGUUAGGCAGGAAGCGAAGCUCCUUAAUGGUGGUGGCUUCGCUUCUUGCCACCGUGGCCUUCCAAACCGGUAUGUCACCACCAGGCGGUGUUUGGCAAGACGAGUAUACGGUAGACUCCAAUGGCAACCCCGUAAAGGAUCCACACCACGCGGGUGACUCUGUGAUGGCCUCUAACAUCCCCACGGGAUACGGGCAGUUCAUGAUCUUCAACACCAUUGCUUUCCUAGCAUCAUUGAGCAUAAUCUUGCUGCUCAUUAGCGGAUUGCCCAUCAAGCGACGCAGGUGGAUGUGGCUUCAAAUGGUGACAAUGUGGAUUGCAUUGACGGCACUGGCCUUUACAUACUUCAUAACAUUGAUUCACAUGACACCAAAACAUGUUGAGGGUACUCUCUACCAUGUGACUAAGAUUUCAAUGCUGGGAUGGCUGUCCGUGAUGGGCAUUGUGUUCAUUGGCAACGUUGUUAGGAUGCUCUUAUGGCUGCGCACAAAGUAUAGAGACAUAAAAGAGAGAGAGCCGCCAAAUGAGACACAGGAAAAUGAGAAUGAUGAAAACCUCUGAGAAUGAGAAUGAAUUGCACAAAAUUAAAUCGAAUGAAUGUUCUUUGUGGUUUGUUUGUAGAAGAAUAUGGCUUUUGUUGAUAGCUGGGUAAGAAAAUUCAAGUUUGUGUACAUGAUAUGUAGUACGCUGUCCUACAAUUUGCUUGGUUCUUGGUUCUGUUAGCCAUCAAAAAUCAAUAAAAUUGAAUUAACUUUGUGCAAGUAAAGUGCAGACAGCCCAUUGGAAUAGGUGAUGUUGAGAUCAGAAUGGAGCAACCUUCAAUUGCAUCAAGGCCUCUCUACCUACUGCAAG